UUGAAGAAGGAAUGUAAAAUAUUGAAGGAGUUGAAACGUGGAUCUACCGGCCUGGGUUGGGAUUUGAUUAAAAGGACAAUUGAUGCUCCAGCUGAAUGGUGGGCUGAAAAACUAGAGGCGGUACCGACAGCAAAGAAGUACAAACAGUGUGGAAUAGAACCGGAAUUUGAAGAAAAAUUGGACAUAAUGUUUAAAUGGGUUGUCACAACGGGAAAGUUUUCAUUCAACCCAACUGAAAGCGGUUUUACAGGGAUAUCAGAUGAGAUCACACUUGAGCCAGAAGUCCAAAGCAUUAACUGGGAGUCCAGUACAAUUUUAAAGAGGUCAAUGAUUGCUAAAAAAAAUAAAGAGAAGGAAAAUUUUGUAAACAGCUCCUUCGAUCGUUUAAUUGAAGCUUUUGCAGCUCCACCAAUAUCUGAAGCUAACAUAUUAGACUGUCUCAGGCUUUUGGGCAUUAUUUCUGAAGUUGUGAAUGUUGUGACCGACAAACGAUUUCAUGCACAGUGUGUGAAAAAAUUUGAGGAUUCAACACGAAUGAAAAUUUUCAUGGCGCUAAAGGAAUGA